UCUACAUUUUAUAAUAACUCCGACCUUUUGUUGAAUUAUUUGAACUCAACUGAACGAUUAGUUAGCAAAUUAUUUUAAAAAUGAUACCAAACUGUAUAAGAAAUAUAAGUGCUCAAACGUCGAAGAGAAAUUUCGGCAGCUGGAACGAGGUGAUAUCAUACUUCCUCAGCAAAAAAAACAAUUAUGCCACAGAAGCUUCAUUUGAAACAAAACCUUUUCGAUUACACAAAUUGGAUAGCGGACCAUCCAAUCACAUCUCUAUUACCAGAGAUGAAGCAAUAGAGCUCUAUAAAAAACUACAUACGAUCCGCCGUAUGGAAACAGCUGCUGGAAAUCUCUAUAAGGAAAAAAUAGUCAGAGGUUUCUGCCAUUUAUAUUCUGGUCAAGAAGCUUGUGCAGUUGGUAUAAAAGCAGCACUCCGACCACAAGAUGCUGUGAUAACAGCUUAUAGAGCUCAUGGAUGGACCUACUUGAUGGGAAUAGAGCCAUUUGGCGUUUUAGCUGAAUUAACUGGUAGAAAAGGAGGAAAUGCAAAAGGUAAAGGUGGUUCUAUGCAUAUGUACUCCAAAAAUUUUUAUGGUGGAAAUGGUAUCGUCGGUGCCCAGGUACCAUUGGGAGUAGGAAUUGCCUUUGCUAAUAAGUACAUGAAUAAUGGAGGAGUGUGCAUUACAUUGUAUGGAGAUGGUGCAGCUAACCAAGGACAAGUAUUCGAAGUGUACAACAUGGCUAAAUUGUGGGAUGUUCCUUGUAUUUUUGUCUGUGAAAACAAUGGGUAUGGUAUGGGUACUAGCGUCGAUCGUGCUUCUGCUAGUACUGAUUACUACACAAGGGGAGAUUACAUUCCUGGAAUUUGGGUGGAUGGUAUGGAUGUAUUAGCAGUCAGAGAAGCUACCAAAUUUGCCAUUGACUAUUGUACAUCUGGCAAAGGUCCCCUUGUUUUAGAAGCUGUAACUUAUAGAUACAGCGGACACAGUAUGUCUGAUCCUGGAACAAGUUAUCGUACGAGGGAAGAAAUACAAGAAGUGAGGCAGACUAGAGAUCCUAUAACUGGCUUUAAAGAACGAGUAUUGAAUGCUAAUCUCGCUACUCCAGAGGAAAUAAAGGCGAUAGAAAACGAUAUCAAAAAGGUCGUUGACGAUGCUGUAAAAGCUGCGAAGGCGGAUAGUGAAAUUCCAUUGAACGAACUUACUGCCGAUAUUUAUGCCAAUUGUUUAGAGAAAGAAAUUCGUAACACUACUCCAUUUAAACCUCUACCACAUGCAAGGCUAGGUGCAGCUGUAAAUGCCUAAGUUAAUUUUUAUAGAACUUUAAACGAAUUCUAUAUUAAAUCUUACUUAUUAUAGCAGUGUCUGUUAUUAGAAUUAUUAAUUAGGUUCUAGCUAGUUACAAACGGUUCUUGGAGAAUAACUCCACCUCCUGGAGUUAGGCAAGGAAAAUAGUAAAUCAUUGGAACACGUUUUUGUUUAUCAUUGUUUAUCAGUUGUAUAUACACAAAUUGUACAUUUGUUUUAUUUAUAGAAAUAUAAUAACACCGUGAGAGAAAGAUUCAGCCAGUACAUGGUAAAAUUCACUACUCUAUAGUAGCCAGUGAUUUCACAUGUACUUACAGAAAAGGGACGAUAUUAUAUUAUUCUCUUAUCUAUAACAGGGAAUUACAUAAAAUAACUGUAGAUAAACUUACGUGCCACUCGUGUUCAUUAUCCUAAUUUAAUAAAAUAAAUGAAAUUUA